GAGUGUGUACUUUUUUAGUACAUACUGAGUAAUAAACUUUUUACAUUGUUACUCAGACUAUAAAAAAAAAAAAAGCUAAAUGAUAACAAAACACGAGUACUAAGGAAUGGAGGGAGUUAAAUUUUCAAAUAGCAGAUACCAAAAGGAAUUUAAUGAGAAGAAAAUAUAAUAAUGAGAUAUAGUGAGGAACACUUCAAGCAAGAAAGUGGCAAUUUAGCAUCUAGCAUGAAGUGCGCCGCAAUAGAUCUCUGACACCGCUCAUUGCUAAUUAAAUCCAGCGUGGUUUAGCUGAACCAAAUUAUAUAAGGGAGGUCUCGGACUACACUGUUGUAAUCCAUUUAUAAACUUCUUCAACAUAUAUAUCUUUCUCGUACAAAUUUGGGGAUUGAGUUAAACUCCUCUAUACUUAUAAUUAGGUACUUUUAUUAAGUAUACAAUCUUCAUAACAUGGGACGAAUAGAAUUAUUUUCUAUUCUCCUCGGAGUUCUAGCUUUGUCAAAUAUUUUCACAAUUCAUGCAGAUAGUCCAGAUAAAUAUUUUGAUUGGAAUGUAACCUAUGGAAUUAGAUCUCCUCUUGGAGUUCGUGAACGGGUUAUUCUUAUAAAUGGAAAAUUUCCUGGUCCAACAUUAGACUGCGACACUAAUGACAAUCUCUAUAUCACAAUCCAUAAUAAUUUGGCAGAGCCAUUCCUAAUAACAUGGAAUGGGGUUUGGCAAAGAAAGAACUCGUGGGAAGACGGGGUGCUUGGAACUAACUGUCCCAUUCCACCACACUCGAGUUGGACAUAUAGAAUGCAAGCCAAGGAUCAAAUUGGUACUUAUAUGUACUUCCCUUCCACGGGUAUGCAUCGAGCUGAUGGAGGUUAUGGUGCGUUCAAUAUUCAUAGAAGACCUGUUAUUGCCCUACCUUACCCUGUUCCAGCUAAGGAAUUCACCCUCCUUGUUGGAGACUGGUUCCAUACUGGACCUCAGUUCACAAAUGGAGUAGCAAACAUGCUGAAAUAUAAGUUGGACAAUGGAAUUGGUAUGCCAACACCUGAUGGCCUACUUAUCAACGGGUUGCCUAGUGGUACAAUCUUCACCGGUAAAGCAAGGAAAACAUACCUGUUACGAGUGUCGAAUGUGGGGAUCAUGGCUUCAAUCAACAUCAGGAUACAGGGGCAUACAAUGAAGCUGGUUGAGGUUGAGGGUUCUCAUGUUCUCCAAGAAAUUUACGAGUCUCUUGACGUUCAUCCAGGCCAAUCCAUGUCGGUUUUGGUGACCCUUAAUGGCGCUAUCAAGGACUACUACAUUGUCACCUCAACUCGAUUCAUGAAGAAGACUCGUACAGCUACUGCAAUCCUGCGUUAUAAGAAUUCAAAAGUCAGUGCUUCUGGUCCUUUACCUGUCGGUCCGACUUAUCAAGUUCACUGGUCCAUGAAGCAAGCCAGAACUUUCAGAUGGAAUCUUACUGCUAAUGCUGCAAGACCGAACCCUCAAGGAGCCUACCGUUAUGGAGGAAUUGAAAUCACUAAGACAAUCAUUUUGGGAAAUUCGGCGGGAAAGAUCAAUGUAAAUGGAUUGAAAAAGAGAUAUUAUGGAAUUAACAAUGUCUCUUAUGUGAAUCCAAGCACACCAAUAAAACUGGCUGACCAUUACAACAUUCCCGGUGUUUUCAACCUUAAAACGAGUAGGGACAAAUCCACACCCGGUCCUAUGGUCCUUGGCACCACCGUCUAUGACUUGGCUCUCCAUGAUUAUGUAGAAAUCAUCUUCCAAAACAACGAAGAUACCACUCAGUCUUGGCAUCUUGAUGGCCAUAACUUCUUUGUUGUCGCAUUUGGUGCAGAUGAAUGGAAUCCAAACAUGAGGAAAAAAUAUAAUUUGGUCGAUGCUGUCUGGAGAAGCACUAUCCAGGUGUAUCAAAACUCAUGGACAGCAGUAUUAGCAGCUCUAGACAACAAGGGAAUGUGGAAUUUGAGAUCAGCAAUAUGGCACAGACAGUACUUAGGGCAGCAAGCUUAUUUCAGGGUGUGGAAUAAUGAAUAUAGCGUAAGGACAGAAAAUAUAAUCCCUUCAAAUGUUCUAAAGUGUGGAAAGGUUGCUAAAUAAUAGACUUAGUUUCUGUAUUUAUUUAUUUUCCCUAAAAAAAAAAAA